AAAACGGGGAGCAGCAAAGCUCGUUAGGUGUGGGAACUCGGUUCGCGAGUUCGGUGGAUCAUUCGGCGCUUGACGGCCAUUAGUGUCGGAGCCUCGCACAAUGCCUCACAGACGGAAAAAACCUUUCAUCGAAAAGAAAAAAGCUGUAACAUUUCAUGUAGUGCACAGAAGUCAGAAGGACCCUUUGACAGCUGAUGAUAGUGCACCUCAGAGAGUUCUGCUGCCUACAUUAAAGAGAAAUGAUGAAAAAAGAAAAGAAGAACAGCGGAAAUAUGGAGUAUUUUUUGAUGAUGAUUACAAUUACUUGCAACAUUUGAAGGAAGCUUCAGGAUCUUCUGAACUUGUUCCAUCAAGCUUCCCAAAUCAGGGCAGGAUUGUAGUGUUCACAGAAGGGGAGGUAGAAGAUGAAAUUCAACACAUUCCAGCUCCCACCAUUAAGCUGCCCUCCUCAGUAUUUGCAUCAGAAUUUGAAGAAGAUGUGGGACUAUUAAACAAAGCUGCUCCUGUUCCAGGGCCUAGACCGGAUCUUGAUCCUGACAUUAUUGCAGCACUAGAUGAUGACUUUGAUUUUGAAAAUCCAGAUAAUCUGCUUGAAGAUGACUUCAUCUUAACAGCUAAUAAACCUGGAAGCCUCAAACAGGGGAAGGAACUCUCUUGCUUAUCUGAAGAUGAGGAUGCAUGGGAAGAUGUGGAGGAGGAAGAGGAGGGAGAAGAUUUUCAGAGUGAUGAAGAAUAUGAUUCUGAGGGUCCUUUGUCAGAUGACAGUGAUUUUAAAGGGAAGAUGAAAGAAUUUCUCUUCAUGGAAGAAGAGACCAAGAGCCGUUUCACAGAGUAUUCCAUGACCUCUUCAGUCAUGAAAAGAAAUGAACAACUGACACUUCUGGAUGAAAGAUUUGAGAAGUUUUUCGAACAAUUUGAUGAUGAUGAAAUUGGACCACUGGAUAAUGCUGAAUUAGAAGGUUUCAUCCAAAGUGACAGUGUUCGAUUACAAGAAGUUUUGAAUGACUACUUCAGAGAGAAAGCAAAGGAUUGUGUGAAACUUGAUGAUAUUGAAACCAAGAAAGAAGCAGAGUUGCCCUUGAAUGAGGAAGAAGAUGAGAUUGAAGAAAUGGUAACGUUAAUCAUUGAAGAACCAAAAGAAAAAUGGGAUUGUGAAUCCAUUUUAAGUACUUAUUCAAACUUAUACAACCAUCCAAAACUUAUUGAGGUGCCAAAAAAGCUUAACUCAAUUAAAGUAUCUAAGAAGACAGGAAUCCCAAUAGAUGUUUUGCCUCAGAGAGGACCUACAGCUAAACAGACUGAGCGCAUGCAAAAGAUUAAUGACGGUGAUUUGCCAAGAAUAUCCACACAACCACGCUCUAAGGAUGAGAGUAAGGAGGAUCGGAAAGCUAGGAAACAAGCUAUUAAAGAAGAGCGAAAAGAACGCAGGAUAGAAAAGAAAGCAAACAAGUCAGCCUUCAAGCAAGAGAAGACAAGGCAAGAGAAAGAGCUGCUUAACAUGAAACAGAAUCUUCAAGGACUCAAGCUGUCAUAAUGGAAGAACUGCUUCUUGUUAAGGACGAUGGCCAUUUCCUUCUGGUUGUUAACUGGAAAAGAUACUUUUGAUUUAACACACCAGAAGUGUAGAAAUAAUGACUGUGUUGUUUAAACAUGUCUAACCACCAAUGUUUACUUACAUGGAAACAGUUUUUUGGUUACCACAACAAUAAAACUAGGGUGUUUUUCUAUUUUCACAGUAACAAUAAAACCCCUUUUCAAAU